CCGAUUAUUGCUCCUCUCUAUAUUCACUUCUCUAAUUUGCUUUUCCCGAGAAAAACAUACACUUUGAAGGCCUGGAGCUGGAGAGCUAUUUGGAUCAUCAAGGUCAUCAAGGGAAUGCCCCAGCCAUGGUGCAUUCUCGGAUGGCACAGUCUCCUUCAUCUUCGGGUAUCUUUUACCAAGGAGAUGUUGGGCAGUCCCAUGGACUUGGGAAUUCCCACCACUUAUCGUCACCCUUCACAAAUUCAUCAAAUUUAAUGCACGGAAGUGCAGCAGCCCGGUCAAACCUUGGUCCUCUUUCUGGAGACGCUGUUUUGAACAGUGUGGCGACUUCUGGUCCGAGUGUCGGGGCAAGUUCGUUAGUCACAGAUGCUAACUCAGCUCUCUCAGUGGGUCCCAGUAUCCAGAGAAGUGAUUCUUACAUGCGUAUGCCUGCAUCACCAAUGUCAUUCACAUCCAAUAACAACAUUAGCAUUUCUGGGUCAUCUGUCAUUGACGGAUCGAAUCAAGAUCUAACAAACUCUCAGCAACAAAAUCACCGAGGAGGAUCAAGUGCCACAUCAUCAUUGCCCACUUCAAGGAUGGGUCAGGUGCAACUUCCAAAUGGGACAGGCCUGAGAGGUAAUGGGUCGUUCAUUCAGGAUCCUACAAUAUCUCAGCUUCAAAAGAGACCACGGAUGGAGAUGAAACAAGAAGACAUUCUCCAACAGCAAGUGCUGCAGCAACUACUGCAACAAAGACAGGAUCAUUUGCACCUUCAGAACCCCAACCCGCAGUUGCAGGCUUUGAUCCAACAACAGAGGAUUAGGCAGCAGCAGCAACAAAUAUUACAGUCAAUGCCUGCUGCGCAGCGGAACCAGCUGUUGCAGCAGCAGCAACACCAGCUGCAGUUGAGACAACAACUUCAACAGGGAAUGCAGACAGCUUCUUCUGCUGCAGUGAAACGGCCAUACGACGCUGGGGUUUGCUCUCGGCGUUUGAUGAAAUAUUUGUAUCAUCAGCGCCAAAGACCUCCCGAAAAUUCCAUUGCUUAUUGGAGAAAGUUUGUAGCCGAAUAUUACUCUCCACGCGCAAAGAAAAGGUGGUGCUUGUCAUUAUAUGAUAAUGUUGGUCAUCAAUCGUUGGGGGUAUUUCCACAGGCGGCUAUGGAUGCAUGGCAGUGUGACAUUUGUAAUUCUAAAUCUGGAAGAGGAUUUGAGGCAACCUUCGAAGUACUUCCUAGGCUCAAUGAAAUAAAGUUCAGCAGUGGUGUUGUCGAUGAGCUCUUGUUCCUGGAUAUGCCACGGGAAUGUCGAUUUCCAUCUGGGAUAAUGAUGAUAGAAUAUGCCAAGGCAGUUCAGGAGAGUGUUUAUGACCAACUUCGUGUUGUUCGGGAGGGUCAGCUUCGCAUAAUUUUUACUCCUGACUUGAAGAUACUCUCAUGGGAGUUCUGUGCGCGGCGUCAUGAAGAACUUUUACCUAGGAGAUUGGUUGCACCACAGGUUAACCAAUUGCUUCAGGUUGCACAAAAAUGCCAGAGCACUAUAUCAGAAAGUGGGCCUGAAGGGGUUUCUCAGCAGGAUUUACAAGCAAACAGCAAUUUGGUUGUCACGGCUGGACGCCAACUUGCAAGGAGUUUGGAGUUGCAAUCAUUAAAUGAUUUGGGAUUUUCGAAAAGAUAUGUAAGAUGCUUACAGAUAGCUGAAGUUGUAAAUAGCAUGAAAGACUUGAUGGACUUCUGCAGAGAUCAAAAAGCAGGACCUCUUGAGGGCUUGAAGAAUUUCCCUCGACAUGCAGCUGCAUCCAAGCUCCAAAUUCCGAAGUCACAGGAGGUGGAGCAGAUGGGCGGGGGAAGUAUUCAGGGAUCUGCUGAUCGUAAUAAGCAGCCAUUGGAAAUGCAAUCUGUAGGGCAUAAUGGUCAAAUGGGAAGCAACAACAGACAAAUGAGUAACCGUGGAGGAGCUUUGAGUGGUGGCAGCUCAGCACAAGCUAAUAACAACUACCAGAAUAUGUUGUUGCGCCAGAACUCGAUGAAUUCCAACCCCACCAAUCCUGUCAAACAGGAACCGUCUUCUCCCCACAACCAAACACAACCCUCGUCAUUUCAAGGACCCAACGGCGUCUUCUUGACUUCCUCCAAUGUUCAACAACAACCCCAGCAGCAACAGCAGCAGCGUUUAAUGAAUCAGCAGCAGCAUGCGAACCAGGUUGUACAACAGCAGAUCCUCCAGCAGCUACUCCAAGACAUCAACAACAGCAAUGGAGGUGUUGGAACAGGGCAAGGGAAUGCGGGGGGACCUGCAUCCAUGGUGAGGCACAAUGGCUUCAAAGUGGCAGCAGCAGCUUCUAACAGCGAGUCUUCAGUCGGUGGGGGUAGUAGUGUGGCCGUCAAUAACGGGUACGGUCAGAGUCUGGGACACAAUCUGCAUAUGUCAGAGGAGAUGUUGCCGGACAUUUCAUCUGAUUUCACGGACAGUGGGUUUUUUAAUGGUGAUCUCGUCGAUAGUAAUAUGAACUACGGCUGGAAAGGAUGACCCGCGGACUAACACAUGGCACUCUUUGUUAGAUGAGUACUUUUGCCAUACAUAUUUGUACAGGUUGUUUUAAUUUACACUCCCCUAAUCCUUCUCUCCUUCUAUUUUUAGCCCGCGGUGCUAUUGUUGAGAGUAGCUGUUGUACUCUGCUAGGUGUGCGUUUGUUAAUCUUCUUUAUUGAAUUUCUCCCUUGCAAGUGUAAUCAAUGGAGAUAUGACUCAUCAAACAUGUUUUAAUUUGGUAUUUAACAGAUAUUGUUCGAUGUUUUACCAUAACGGUCUUGCCAGCUCAUGGUUAGGCCCUUGUCUACUGGUGAAAUGUGAUACUAAAAAAUCCCAUGCAUCGCUAUUGCCCAGAAUUUAGCUAGUGGAACAAGAGUAUUCGAGAAAUGUAAU